UUUUCUCAUCUACUGAAAUAUUCGACAUGAAAAAAACUCCCAAGGAGCCUAUCAGUGUAGAGUGAAAAAAAUCUUAAUAUUUUUCCAUUGGUGGGUAAAACCAGGAAAAAUCCUCCGUAAAAUAGUGUAAAUCUGUCGAGCCACAUCCACUUCCGGUCGUGCAAGUGUUAUCCCGACGCGAAAAGUUUGUUUUGUGCGUUAAUUUUACAAAAUGGAAAUCGCAAGCAAUAGCAAAAGCGAUGAUUGUAAUUGUUUUGAAGGGAGCAACAGCGAAUCGAUAGAUGAGAUUGAUCAUCAUCAUCGCAAAUGAAGAGCAUUUGUGGAGUAAAAUUUCUGGCUUUAAGCGAAAAUAUUAUCGUUAUAUGCAAAUUGUCUAGUGAAUUGUAGUGUUUUUGCGAAAAAUAACUUGUGCAAAAAUGAAUUUUCUCGAAUCUGGAGUUGGUUAGUGACAGGAAAAUCAGCAACUAUGGAAGAUCAGAGGGUGGUGAAAAAAUGUCAAAAAAUAAUCUGUGUUUCUACAUGAUAGCGUUACGGCUGCGACAUUAGUAUCUGAGCCAAACAAAAAUGUUGAUCAAGUCUAUCGCAUUCACUGAACUUACAUUGCACGAAGUGCACAGAAGAUUAAGUGAUUAAGUGAAAGGCUUUUUAAGAUGUAACUGGAAAUAGGAAAUUCCGAAAAGUAUUGGAAAAAGUGAAGUAUAUAACAAGUGUUUGGGUAUAGAAUUGUAGGUAGCAGCACCAGUAAGGUUGCUGCAUAAGCUGUUAAUAACAAGUGUCAUCUAGUGUGAAAAUCAGCAAUUAUAAGAACUGUGACGUCAAUGCUUUCGGCACAGUGGUAAAAGUGUAAAUAAUAGGAACAUCAGGAUUUGUAGAAAUGUCACGCAUUGCCCCGCGACGGUCUGCGACAAAAGUUUAAAUUUCCGCGGAGAAAUGUAAAUCGAUUGAUUUUCAAAACGAGAAAGAAAAUAAAAGCAUUGUCACAUAUAACUACUUACCCAUAUGAAAUUAACAAUAUUUAAAACCAAGCAUUAAUCGUACAUAAACCAUACAAGAAAUACAUAAUACUACUGAAAUAAAAAACGACCUUAUUAGUGAGUGUUCUACAUUCGAGGGACCGUUUCACAGAACGAGUCCCGAAAAACCGAAAUCCAGGGACUCAACAGUCACCAAAGUAAACCACUAGAAGCAUUCGAUCGUCGAAAUCCUACCUGCACGGUGGCAAACGACAGCAGUGACUCGUCGUUGGCAAAGUAUGUCGCAGAAGGGCCAGAAACGAUCGAACCGCGCAGAAAAUGAUGGACCACCGCCGAUCAAGAAACGUAAGGGCCGCCCCGCGGUCUCGUCGAUGGAGGACGACAAUUCUCUCACGUCCAACACAGGUGGUCCGACGACGCCAACUAAGAACUGGCAACCGCGGGCGGUCAUCGACCUCAAAAUGUCCAGUAUAUACAACCGUACUGCACCGGAAGCACCGGCUGAAUUGUUUAGGAAAGAUCUUAUCAGUGCCAUGAAGCUACCUGACUCGGAACCACUUGCCGCCGAUGAGUACUGGGUCAUCAACGAUCAGUGGAAGCAGGAGUGGGAGCGUGGCGUGCAGGUUCCAGUUAAUCCGGAUUCGUUACCAGAACCUUCUGUAUCCAUAAUUCAAGAAAACUUCUACAAGAAACGACAGGACUUUAAACUCCCUAAGAACAAGUACAUCCGGAUAACGAAGGAUGAAACAUUCUCACACGAUCAACAUUACUUAUCGAACACGCCGGCCAUCUCGGAGCAGGUGUGUUACUAUGACCUCGACCAGUGCGAUGAAGCGUGGUUGAAGGUCUUCAAUGGAGAACGGAAUCUAGCCGGACUGGUGCCAGUGACUGAUGAACAAUUUGAAAGGGUCGUUGAAGAACUAGAAGUUCGAUGUUGGGAUAAAAUCCAGGCAAUCAUGAAGAGCGAAGAAGGUCUUGGCAUCGAGUACGACGAAAAUGUCAUAUGCGACGUGUGCCGUUCACCGGACUCGGAGGAAGCGAACGAGAUGGUGUUCUGUGAUAAUUGCAAUAUUUGUGUCCAUCAGGCUUGUUACGGAAUUACGAACAUCCCAUCUGGUCAGUGGAUGUGUCGAACGUGCUCCAUGGGUCAGAAACCGGAUUGCGUUCUGUGCCCGAACAAAGGUGGUGCGAUGAAGUCCACUCGAUCCGGACAAAAAUGGGCUCACGUGUCCUGCGCCCUGUGGAUACCGGAGGUCAGCAUCGGGUCCGUCGACCGGAUGGAACCGAUCACGAAAAUCUCCAGCAUACCAGCCAGCAGGUGGGCGCUAAUAUGCGUUCUCUGUCGGGAGCGAGUCGGAGCCUGUAUCCAGUGUUCGGUGAAGACCUGCAAAACGGCGUAUCACGUGACGUGCGCCUUUCAGCAUGGGCUGGAAAUGCGUGCUAUCAUCGAGGACGAGAAUGCUGAAGAUGGUGUGAAGUUACGCUCGUACUGCCAGAAGCACGGUGUCCACAAAGGUAAACGUGAUAAUAAAAAUGCUAACAAUAAUGCGGGUUCCGGCAGCGACGAAGAGGCGGGUACUACUGGGGAAAUAAAACGUAAGAAGCGUAAAGAUAUGACUUCGGAGGAACGCAAUCAAGCUAGGGCUCAACGCAUGCAAGAAAUCGAAGCUGAGUUCGAUAAGCAUGUCAGUGUUAAAGAUAUUAGUUGUCAUUUAUUAGAUGUUGAUCAGGAAGCUAUUCAUUACAUUUAUAACUAUUGGAUAUUGAAGCGUAAGUCUGGUCAUAAUCGUCCUCUCUUACCGCCCAAAUCCGACGAUGUGGACAUGGUUGCCCAAAAUCAGGAGCAAGCGGAUGAUUUGGAAAAAAUGAAAAUGUUUGUUCACCUGCGGCAAGAUCUCGAACGGGUUCGUAACCUGUGCUAUAUGGUUAGUCGACGGGAAAAGCUAUCCCGCUCGUUCUUCCGUAUGCGGGAACAAACGUUUCACAAACAGAUUGCCGCACUCAGCCAGCGACCAAACGACAAGAAACCUUUAGACGAAUCUACAAUCGAUGUUAUCAUGCAAGCGAACCACGGUCCUACGAUAUAUGAUAGACUAUAUUCAAGUGAUUCCGUUAGUAAUAGGGCAGUAAUGAGUUUAGAGGAUAUGUUAGAACGAAUAAUUGGUGUACAUAGUAGUAGCAGUUCUGGUAGCAACAGUAAGAUAAAUAAUCGUAAACAACAGCAGCAGCAGCCACAGCAACAGCAACACGAGAAAAGUAAGGAGGACAUCGUGGUUCCUAGCGGCAAGAAACCUACGGACGUAAAUGGCAUGAACAAAGCCACCACUCAACGUUCAGCAGCUAACAAGCAGGAUAAUCCCUACAAACGGACCUACAUUAAUGGUGCCGCACGGCGAAGUGUUAGUGAUAUUUCUAGUGAAAGUGACAACCAUUCCCGGCGAAACAUGAGCACGAGUGCAAGUUCUGCGGAGGAAGAUGAUGUCAAGAAAAGUUCACCGCCAGCAGUGUCGAAGAAAAAGGCGCGACAAACGAAAGCAGCUGAUCGGAAGCGGAGAAAAGUUAGCUCAUCGGCAGAGAAACCCCGCAACAACUCGGUGGAGAGCUCCAGCGAAGACGAAGCUAACGAACGGCUCAAAGGAACUCCCAGUGCGUCUGAAGCGCAACAAUCCAAGAAAGUCAACCAAUCGCGAAACCAAUCACUUCGGCAAAUGGAACGCGAGCUGGUUGAUGAUCGAAUGCAUUUAUCCGAUUCGAACGAUAGUGACGAAAUAGUUCCGAUAGUUUCGCGAACUGGCCAGCAAACGGCCGGAUCGAAUACCUAUUCGAACAAUAAAAUAUCGAACAUCUACUCUGACUCGGAUAGCACCGAUAAGGAUAAGACUGAUAAUACGGCAAGCGACUCGCAGCAGCAUCCGUUCCGUACCAAAGCAGCGAUGAAAGAAUUUAAUUUGGCGGAAGCUGACAGACUUAAGCAAAAGUCUGUAUCGCCAGCCAAGUCAACAAAAACGUCGACUACAGCGGCACCGGUUACGGUUGCUCCUACGGUUUCACCCAGAUCGGAGGCAAAGAAGCCGAUUGCCGAACCCGUUGUAGCAACGGCCGGUGGCAGUACUAGUAGCGGUUACUCCUCGUCGAAUAAACCUGCUAAGGAAAGUGCUGCAACCACCGGGAGGAAAAAGUCUGAAAAGGAUACGGCCGCCAAUAAGCAGCAGAGCAAAAGAGAAUUCACCUCUGACUUUUUGGUUGUGCCUCAGCGUGAGGCUGCCAAGAAGGCAUCUGAGAAUAUGAUGAAAACCAACAUUGUCCCACCAGUGCAAUCAAACUCGCAGGUUCCUAGCGGAAGUCAACAGCAACAACCACAACCACAACCAGCAACUAGCAGUAAGAAAGAUCUGAAAGAGAGUCGAGAGCCUGCCUCUAUUAGUAGCAGCAGUAGCAGCAGUAGUUCCAGUAGCAGUAGUAGCAGCAGCAGUGGAAGUACAAGUUCAGUGGGAAGCAAUAGCAGUAGUGGUAGCAGUAGUAGCAGCAGCAGCAGUAGCAGUGGCAUCAGUACUGGAAGUGGCACGAAAGAUGCCGAACCAAAACUUCCUGUCAAAUCAAUCAAAGAAGUCAAUUCGGAAGUACCUCAGAAGGUUUCCGCCGCUGCUAAAAGAAGUAAUAACAAGGCUGCUAAACAAACUCAAUCGACGACUACAGCGCCGGAGCCGGCACCUAAAGUCCUUAAUGACAAAGAACGACCAGCUGAUAAGGAUGUCAAGCGGGAGAAAUUGUCUGCCAAAGAGCGCGUGCUACAAAAAGAACGGGAAGAUGUUGAAAAGGAUAAAAUUCCGGCUUCCGAAAAGCCACGAGAAAGUUCAAAAGAAACAUCCUUGCUGGAUGUGUUGGCUUAUGUUCCGCAACGACAAGCAGCGAAGAAAGCCGCCGAACACAUCAAAAGCGGUAUGGGCAAACCCGCCGAAGUGGCAGCCGGUGUACAACCGACAGCACCUGCUAUUACAGAAGAACGUUCGACCAAAGCUGCAGCAAAAGCACCCGUUUCUACUGCCGCCAGCCGAAAAGAGGACAAGAAAGCUUCUACGCCUUCUAGCAGCUCCAGUUCGGAAACCAGUUCGUCAUCAUGCUCGAGUUCUAGCAGCUCGGAUUCGGAUAGCGAUGAAGAAGAGGAAGAAGCCGCCAGCAAGAAGACUCCGACGGCACCUGUGCCAACCAAAGCUGCAGCUAAGGCCAGUGCGCCGGCGUCGGUUGCAGGCAAGACGGCAGCCACUGCUGCCGCAAAGAAGACAGACCGGCAGAUGCCCUUUCUUGACAAGAGUAAAUCUUCCGAGUCUGGUUCCAGUUCUUCCUCGUCUGACAGUGAUUCCGACUCCAGCAGCAGUCAAAGUGAUGACUCGACGCGAUUACAAACAAAAGGUAAUCGAAGAAAAUCAGUAUCUUCAAAGCGAGAAGCUAGUCCUAAGAAGCAAAUCAGUAGAAAGGAACCCGAGUCCGGAAAGAAAGGUACGGCCACCACCACCGCUGUUGUCGCACCAGCAGGAUCUGCAAACAAAUCUGUUACAUCGAGUACAGCCUCACGUGCAGCUGAUAAGGCUUCAGCAACCGCUAAAAGAGAACAAUCACCAUUACCACUCCCAGCGAAACCUACAGGUGAUGCAAUACCAAAACAGCCGAACAAGACUUCACCCGUAUCAGUCGUACCUCAGCCGCCAAAUAGCAGCAGCACUGCGGCUGCAAAGUCUACCCCACCCACAAAGGAUAAAGUGUCUAACGAUCGCUCCCGAACUGCUGACCUGCUCAAAUCGGGAGAUCAUUCUAAGAGUACCCCUGGCGGCAAAAUGAUUCCAAACCGACGAAAUUCCUGUCUAGUAACACCCAACGAAAUUAAGCCACCUCCACCGGCAGUAGAGAAUGCCAGCAAACCGACGCCACUACGUAGCCGAAGGAAAUCGGUUUUCGUGGACUUUGAGUGGGAAAAGAAGGAGCGGUUGGCUGCCGAAGCGGAGAAGAUGAUCAAGGAAGCGCAACUGAAGAAGAAAGCUGAGAAACUGGCAGCGGCUGAAAGGGCAGCAGCAGCAGCUGAAAGGGCAGCAGCAGCUGAAAGGGCAGCAGCAGCUGAAAGGACAGCAGCAGCUGAGAAGGCAGCCGAAGAGAAACAACUGGCAGCUGCAAAGAAGGCCGCAGAAUUAGAAGCGGCAGAGAAACAAGCUGCGGUCGAGAAGGCCGCAAUUGCUGAGAAGGCCGCGAUUGCUGAGAAGUUAGCGAUUGCUGAGAAGCUUGCUUCCGAUGCCGUUGCGGCAGCUGAGUCGCCGACAAUAGUUGAGCAAAAAUCUAGUCGGAAAGAAGUCGAAGCGCUGUCCUCGGUGGCUAAUGAUAACCGGAAAAGGGAAAGAAGUGGCAGCCGUGUCCGACCUGGUUCGAAUGCUGCUCGUAAGGAAAAGGAAGAUAUAAUACUCAUUGAUGAUUCUUCGUCACGAAGUAGUAGCAGUGGCAAAAAGGAGGAGGAACAAGCAAUGCCAGUAAGAUCCUCUCCACUUUUGGCAGGGCCUCAAAGUGUGGAGGAUGGCAAGAAGGAAAUACGAUCGUCAAGUGUACUAGCUGCUGAAUCUAGUGUAAUAGAUCGGCACGAUGAGGUCAAACCUGCAACAGGCAGUGACCAAAAGCCAGUGGCAUCCGUUGUUAAAGAUGAUACAAGCGAUAAAUACUCAAAGAGUCCCAUUAGUAGUGACGCAAUUAAAUUUAAUCCUUGCGAAAACGAUUUGUCUAGUAAAAAUGAUAUUAUGAAGUCGAUUGAGCAACCCAAAAUUGAACUGGAUCUGGCGAAGCCGAAAAAAGAUGUUGCAAAUCUUCUGCCGGUUACUCCGGUGAAGGACAAGUCCAAGGGUCGGCUGGUGGAUAGUAAAAAAGAUAUCGAGAUUAUUUCGUUGGUAGAUGAUUCAAGGUCCAACGACGGUCGAGAUGUGGUUAUCGUGGAAGAUGGUUCAAAUGACACUAAGGUGGAAAAAGUGGAGGAGAAUCCUAAUCCGAAGAGCACGAGGAAAGAUCUUUCGACUGAACCAAUGGUACCGGUAGAUAUUCCAUCGAUUGCAGCAAAUCCUGUUGCACCCAUUGAGGAGAAGAAGCAAUUCGAACUAGAAUCAUUGGCAAUGGCUGCAGUACCGGACACGAAUAUUCCAGUUACAACUUCAUCGUUCCAACAACCGCCUUCCAGCAUGGAGAACAUUCCAACUACCGCCAACAGUAUGAGCAACGUUAUGAACAAUUUCACUAGUAGUAGUAGUAAUAAUAACAAUAGCAAUAAUUCGGCUGCCAAGGAUGCCGGAUUGACCACAGCCAGUGGAGGUUUGUGCCCGUCGAUAUUCGACUUGCUGUCGUUGCCAACGGAGGGUGAAUCGGUAGCGGAUGAUACGUUCGGUCCUCCCCUAAACUUCCCAUUUAUGGAGGAUUGUAAGGAAGACACUCAGCGAGAAACCCUAAAUCUUGUUGAAAAGCUGCGGCAAAAGUAUAAGAAAGGAUCUGGCGGUGGCCAGGACAGUAAACAUGACGAUCCAAAAGAUACCCGGUCGGAUAUCAUCUCUCUGGACGACGAUGGUAAGCUGUUCGAUACUGGAAAUCAGCACUCGGGGCUUGAUUUCAAUACGAGCGGUAAAGACAUUCCUGCCAUUGCGCAGGCCCUCGAAAAAAGUAAACCUUUGUCCAAUAACGAUAUGGAAUACUUCAACAAGUUCAAUACGAACGAAGAUGUUGAAAAUUCGUUACACCAUAACAAGAAGAACUUGAAGGAAGAUCAUCUGGAUCAUCUCACUAGCAGACCAUCUGAUGAACGGUGGGUACCUCCGUCCAUGUUGCAAGAUCACAAUCAACAGCGGCAACAACAACAACAACAACAACAACAACAACAACAACAACAACAGCAGCAGCAGCAACAACAACAACAACAACCUCCUACCACAAUGAAUGAUAAUCGUGCAAUGCUGCAUCAACAACAACAGCAGCAGCAAUCACAACCUCCGAGCUGCAUGGAAGCUUUGCUCAACAGUCAAGCCUCUGCUGGAAAUCAGAAGCAAUCAUCACACAUGGGUCCACAAGUUCCGGGACUGUUCGAUGCCUUGGUGCAACCGCAGACCAAUCAUCACCAGCACUCACAUCUCGACAACAUCAAUCAUCUACCAGGGUUGGACUUUAUGCAGACCAUCAAAAGUGUUGCAAAUCAAAAUGAAGCUACCUCAUUGCUGUUCGAGAAUCUUCAACAACAAGCCCAACAGCAACAGCAACCACAGCAUCCCCAGCGCCGAUGGAACGACAUGGUACCGAAUCAGAAGAAGCACGAAUGUUCCGUGAUGCAGGAGAAGGAGAACAUGCUCCUCAAGCAACAACAGCAACAGCAGCAUGAUCUGAAUGCCAAUAAUCAUCGGAACAAGCUUAAUGAUCUCAACAAUUUCAUGGACAUCCAAAAUCAGAUGCUACAGCCUCAAACUCAACAGCAACAGCAACCAAACAAUACCAUGAAUCCGUUGGAGCAGUUCAAUUUCAACGAAACCUCACAAUAUCCAGGCGCGGUGGCGCUUUUCCCUCCCACUAACGUACAAGUUCCUUUUCCGUCUCCCGGGACGGCCAUGUUCCCACCAAAUUAUGCUUCCAACUUUCAAUCCGGAAAACAACAGCAACAACCUCAUCAUCCAAUGUUGCCUACGGCAGCUGCUGGCGGACAGCAACAACAACCGCAAAAUGCUCCUCAACAACAACAACAACAACAACAACAGCAAUCUCAACAACCUUCAGUGCAUGGUGGUAAACCGGAUGAUAUGGUUGUUCCGAACAGCCUUUGUGGUGCCACAUUAUCCUCAUCAUCACAUAAUAUUGCGCUAACGGAAGCAAUCGUUUCGCCACCAACACCUCAGCAGCAAAAACAAUCCCUGACGCCACAGAUGACGGCAGCAUCGCCACUGGCGUCCAUGGUUUCACCUAAUAACCAACAGCAGCAGCAGCAGCAACAACCGACGCCAGAGCAUAGCUUUAUGAUGAACCAUUCGCCAGCCAUGAUGGGACCACAGACUCCACAGAUGCAACAACAGCGUACACCACAGCAGGACAGUUCCGGUAUACUGCAAUCACUAGAUCAGAAUAGUGCCUCGAAGAAGUCCCCCACCAAAUCGUCACGAUCUUCCUCGCGAAUUCAGAACCAAGUUCAUGAAGCAGCGGGACUAGGUCAGAUGAAGUCACCACCAAACAUUAGCCCCGGAAAAAGUCCGAAGACCUUCGAUGCUAAGCAACAGCAGCAGCAUCAUCAACAGCAACAGCAACAGCAGCAGCAACAGCAACAGCAACAACAACAGCAGCAGCAACAACAUCAACAACAACAGCCGCCGCCACCGCAAGUACCUCAACCUCCUGUGGUAGGUGGUAAGGGUCUCGGAAAGCCAGAGGGUGGUGCCAAACGGGGUCCACGCGGCCCUCGUACCAACAGCCAAAGUCAACGGGGUGGUGCUGCAGCAAAGAGCAAAAACGGAAGGCAGUCUCGGGGUGGUCGGCCGCAAAUCAGCUUCAUUCCGCAGUUGCCACAUAAUGACUAUGAUUUUAUGGGAGGUACGAUACACAACAAACUCAUCGGUACGGUAUACGAUCCGGACUUUGACGAUGAUCUAGCGUGUAAUAGUAUGGAAAAAUUGCGGGACAUGCGCGAUCGGCGGCGUUCGAUCGACUGUCGCAUGCCGGAUUCAUUCCGGGCAUCUCGUGAACCAUCCAAGUCGCCUAAAUUCCCUAGUCUAAAUCUGUAUACUUCCCAGAACAGCGCGCUUGGUUCGAAACAGAAUCGCUCCUCAUACACCCCGACUUCGAUGCAAUCAAGCUUGGGUUCUGGAAUGGUAACGGGGGCGGAUAUUAGCGUAACGCAACCAAGUGUUUCAACCAGAUUGCAGGACAUGGUACAAACAGUCCUACCAGGUCCGGUCGACAUGCGAACGUACAACAGUGGAUUUGAUUCUGCGACCAAUACGGAUGCAUUCAACAAUCAUCUACUUGGAGCGUUUGCUAGUGGCACUGCUGAUCAGACGCUUGUAGAUAUAGACGAGGACAUGGAGAACGAGUUGCAAUCCGCCUUGAAGGCUAGUAACAACAAGGUUGACACGACUCCUCCUGCUUCAGCACCGAUGACGCAGUCGGUUGUAUCAAUGAAUUCUUCCAGUACAACAUCAACUUCGACAACUUCGGCAGCUGGAAUGGCUUCGACUUCCAGCUUGUUGGAACCUGUCGAACAACCGCAAGAGGAAACGAACGAUUCCGAUAGCAUCAUCACCAAAGUUUCGCUGUCUGAUUCCAGGAAUAUCAUGAAGCUGAAGAUCAAGGGACCACUAGCACAGCUAGACAACAGCUCAUCAUCUUCUACGGCAACGUUACAGCAGUCCAGCGUACUGGAUCCCAGCUUGAAUGCACCCAUCAUGUCGACACCAAUGGCCAGUAUGGGUGCUGGUUCGUCUAAUUUGAGGCGAAUGCGAAAGAAGGAAUUGCUCCGGCAGUAUUGGACCCAGGAUAUGAAUCAUGACGAUCAGACUGGACUGCAGGUUGUGGACCAAAUUCCAAGCUUGACUUUGACUACGUCAAUCAGCAGGACUGUUGGCAUACCGAAGGCGGUGGAUUCUUUGUGCACAAUGCCCACGAGGGACGAUUACAAGGACUAUGGUGGAGUCGACUUCAAAAAGCGGAAGAAGCUUUCGUCGAAUAUGUCACGGGAAUUGCGUGGGUUGGUACCCACCGAGCAUGAAAUUAUGGAACGAAGAAGGAGCGUUGGAUCUACGGGAAGCAAUGGAUCGAACAGCAAUCUGGCGGUAGACGUAUUGCCGGCUGUGAAACGUCGAUCUAGAACGAACCGGACGGCAACGCUUACAACGGUAAAUCAGCUGCAGGUGGCUCCAAAGCUCAAAAUCAAAAUUGGCUUGGAUAUGGUGCAAGCUUCCGGUUCCUAUAGCGAUCGGAUUCGGCCGCCUAAGAAGAGAUUGGCUACUGCGAUGGCCCCUCCUAGCCUGGAAGAUCUUCGUCGUGAUGCGAUGAUGUUUGCUGAGCAAAUGAUGUUCGACGACGAAGAAGAGGGACGGAAGCCCAAGAAGCACAAAAAUAAAGACAAAGAACGUGAUCGAGAGCACAAGAAGCGCAAAAAGGAAAAGAAGCACAAGAAAGAGAAGGGCGAAAAGGUGGAAAUCAUCAACAAGUCGGAAGAUGCUCCGCGAAUUGUGAUACGGCUUGGUGUAAAAAAGCCACAGAUGGCGGAUGAAGCGAUGAGCGUUCCGUUACCGGAUCCACCGCGCAGUGGCCACAAUUCACCAGAAGUGGACCCGCUGGCACUGGAUUCCGUUGAGAUGGACAACUCCAAUGAAAACAGCAAUUGCAGCAGUGGCGUAACGAAACCACUCAUCACACCGAUACGACUCAAGCUUGCCCGCAGUUCUUCUGGUGGUGGAUACGUAAUGUCUUCGAAGAACAAGGGUUCUGCCAAUGCCGACCACCAACAGACAGUAGGCAAACCAUCUCAGCCGGGUGCUCCGGCUUGUGAGGAAACGAAAACUCUCAACAUAGUCCUAUCAAAGUUGGACAUUCCGCUGGAUACGGGAACGAUUGACCUGAGUGCCGCUUCGGUACCGGGUGUUGAGAAAUCAUGCACGGAUACUGUUGCCAACAUUACUCCCCCUGCCGUGCCUUCAAUGAGCAUGGGUGGUCCUCUUCUGACAAAUGCUGCUACUGUUCCAACAACAAGUGGUGGCGGUAUUUUCGAACCAAACAAAUCAGUCGACUUGGGUGCAAUGUCUUCCGCAUAUUCCUCUUUCACCUCCACAAUGUCUUUCAAUAGUCUUGCUAGUGGGGCUGCUGCUUUCAAUCCUUUUGCACCACCAUUGGUAGCGCAACAUCAGUCACAGUCACAGUCACACCCACAUCAACAACAACAACAACAACAACAACAACAGCAACAGCAACAACAACAACAACAACAGCAACAACAACAACAACAGCAACAACAACAACAACAGCAACAACAACAACAACAACCACAUAGUGAAAUCAACGCUGCAAAGGAUUGUGAAGUUAGAUGACGGUUUGUGUAAAUAGUCGUGUAAAUGUUUCAUUGUUGUGCUAAAAUCAUCAGUCAAAUUGUGUAUAUUGUUUUUUUUUGCUUCCUGUUGGUACUAUUUUAAAAUAUUUUGUUUUAACUGUAAUUGUCUUUGAAAGAGACGUCCAGCAAAGAAUGAUAUAUUGUGAAAAGGGAAAUAUUUUCCCGCCACUUUAAAGUGUAUUUUCAUAGCUUUUCGAAAAUCUACUUCCUGUGUUUUCUGUGAGAGAUGAUGGUACAUAAAGUUUAUUCUGUUUUAGAAGUUUAUUAUUUUUAGAUCAUAAAGGAAACCAUUUGUUCAAAUUCAAACACAAUUUAUCCGGUAAGAACAUACAGCUAAGCUACAUACAUCCAUUCACACACACACAUACACACACUCACACAAAAUACACACCUUGUACAUAGUCGACCAGACAAAUUUUAAUUGUAGCAUAACUGGAAGCAACAUAUUUAAACCACAAAAAUAGGAGUAGCAUACUUUGAAAGUUUAUAAAAAAAAUCAACUUAGUUAAACAAAUAACACUAUACCUUAAAGCAGCAAAGGAAAAAUAUAUUAAAAAAAAUGGUAAAAUCACUAAAAACAGGCAAACAAAAAUCUUAAUGUAGCGCAUAAAAAAAGGAAAAAAAAGAAAACAUUGUUUCAAAUUUUUACACCACUGAGCAGAACAAUCUUGUUUAUCCUGUUAAAAAUAUUUGAGAAAUAAUGACUAAAAAAAUCACACAAGGAAAGUGCAUAGGUAAAGGAAAGUAGCAUAGUGCAAAAAAAAAAAACAAAACUAGAAGGGCGAUAGUAAGAGCAAAUGAAAAAUUGCAUGAAUAACCAAUCGAUCUCGAAUGAAGACGUUGCCGUUUAAUGAUGUGUGUGGUGUGAUGCUAAUACGCCGUGCGUGAUGUAUGUAUGUGGUAGGUGUGACAACAAAAAUGAGAUUGUACGUGACUUCCCCCACCCCUACUCCCAAACACUUCCCAGCAUUGUAAAUAUAAUUCAUAAUUAUUCUUGGGUGCGGGGUUUCGUUCCCCUUACCCCUGGUCGGUGCCCGAAUAUAAAGGCAAUUUGCUCCACUGGUGGAUUGAAUAGAAGCAAGUAAAUGGUUAAUUGCGGAUCUAUUGUGUACAGAAAACUACAAAGCUGUGUAAAGCUGCUGUAAUUUUAAGAGGGUUUUUGUUUUAAUAUAUUUAAAAAAAAAAUGUAAGGAACAGGAAUUCAUUCAUCUGUUGAGUGUAUGUACAGUAGCGAAAGGAAAGAGAAGAAAUUGUCACCCGUGAAUCGCGGUACAAGUAGCUAAAAUGAAUUAUAAGAAGGAAACCUCUUGUAAUAAAAUUAUGAGUAAACACAUAACAAAUGUGAGAAUGGAACUAGCGAAUGAAAGUAGUACUUUUAGUUGCUAUUAGUAUUAAUUUUUGUGUCGUGCGCGUACGAAUUCUGUUUUUCGUGUCCAAUAAGCUAUUUAAUUUAUUUAUGAAAAAAAUCCCCUCCUUUGCAUAUAGAUUUAGUUAUCAUUAAAUCUAAUGCAAAACAACAGUUAAUAUUAGCGGUCAGAGAAAAAUCACACAAAUUACUCUUAUUUUUAAAGAAAAUGGAAACCAACUAGUUGACUAUUUUAAAGAGGACAGCGACUAAAUGAAUCGUAACUAUAAAUGUAUUAUACCUUUAAUUAACAGGAAAAAAAAGUUAAAUGAUAAUCCAACAAGUGGAAGAACAACAGUAGAUGAA